AUGGCAGAGACGCUCGGGGCCGUGAGCCUCAUCAUCAACGACUCGUAAGGAGACCCUUCUUGACCAUUCUGCAGCAGAUCUGACAGUACUAUGUAGAUACACCAAAGACGCCUAUGUGCGUCGCCGUGUCGGUUUCCUCGACCGACACCCCGAGUUCAAGGCUCACCCGAGCCUUUUCCCAAUCGCGCGGCGCGACGCCGACGAGGUCUUCGCCGGCCAGCCAGCGGAGCUCUCCUGCCAGGCAGUGAGGGCCCGCGAGCUGGUCUGCGAGAUCGAGCCUCUCCUGCCCUUCCCGACCACGGGAAACAUGGAGACGCUCGACGGGCACGCCAGCUACCCGCCCACUGAGUGGACUCCGGGUAGCGUGCCCGGACCUCGCGCGGCGGAGCUGCCCCGAACUCCCACGCCUCCCAUCGCCGACACAGAGCCCGUCGUCUCCUCUCUUGCUGGCCGUCCCGUCAAGUUGCCCGUCAAGAUCCCACGCGGUUCCAAGCGACCACGAGACAGCACUCCCUCCGCAUCUGAGAGCAGCGAGUCCUCCUCCUCCGACGAAGACACCACUCCACAACCGGCUUCCAAGCGCCCGAAACUCACUCUGAAGGCUCCCUCGCGACCACGUCCCACCAUCAAAACCGCACCGCGCAAGACCAGCCAGAGGAGCACUGCCUCCCAGACCAACAAAGCCACGCAGACCGACGCAGGAGCCACCACCAACGCACGAAACUCUCCCACCGACCGCAUCGCACGCAUCGCCCGCGGCGAGAUCGUCCCCAAAUCCAAGCAGGAAGCCACUCAAGCCCAAGCCCGCCGCAAGCACUCCCUCCUGGCCGAGAGCAGCGGCAAAGGCAAAGGCACGGCACGGCGCAUCCCCGAUCUCAUGCCCGAAUUCUUCGAAAAGCACAACUUCACCCAGACCGAGCGGGAAGGAAACGACCAGAUCAUCCGGUGCGUCUGCGGCGCCACGGCCGACGACCACCGCGCGGGCGAGGAGUGGAUCGGGUGCUCCGGCGAGCUGUGUGGCGGCUGCUGGCAGCACGUCGCGUGCUUGGGAGAGGCCGUUGCGGCGGAGAAGGAAAUGCGGGAGAGCGAGGAGUAUGAGUAUUAUUGUCAUUUGUGCGAUCCGAUGCGCCAUCGUAAGACGCUGCAGAGGCUUCGACGCGGCGAGGUUAUUCAGCAUUGA